AUGACUGAAAUUUUGAAUACACUCAUUUGUAUUAUUGUUAAGUGUCUUCCUGAACGUGUAAAAGAGAUAAAAGAUUACAAUUUACCCUAUCAUCCAUGUCUAAUUAAAGAAGAAGAAGAAGAAGAAGAACAACAACAAGAUGAUACUUCAACAGUCAUAAGUGAUUUAUAUUUUUUCUAUGUUAAAAAUAUUUUAAAUGAUAAAACAAUUACAUGUGCUAUGAUACAUCAAAUUCACGAAUCUAAAGUCAAUGUUUCACCAAGUAGUACAAAACGUUAUGAAAUUUUACAAAAUCUUCAUAGAUUCAUAAAAUAUUAUUUAGUUAUUUAUUGUUCAGGUCUAUUUCUAUGUGAAGAGAAUCAUGGUGAUAAUACAGAACAAUGGCAUCAAUUAUUAAAAAAUAUUUUAAUAAAUUAUAUUCCAUUACAAAUUGAUCAACAUGAACAUUUAUUUAGUAAUGAAUUACAAUUAUUUUUAUCAACAAUUAUAAUUCGACAAAAUUGGAAUUAUUUAUUAGAUUUAUUAAAAUCGGAAUUUCUUCGAAAUAUUGAUCAUCAGUGGACAACAACUAUGUUUCAAUUGUUAGAAACACAAUUAAAUUUUCGAAAGAAAAAUAUACAAUUAUAUGAUCAAAUUCAAUUUACAUUAUCAUCAGCGACAAAUGAACAUAUUUUAUUUGCAAAAUUACAAAAUGCUUAUAAAUAUUUGAGUACUAUAUUUGAUAUUUGUAUAAGAAAUAGAUUCGAAAUCAAUUAUUGGUUACCAUUACUCAAUUGGAUUAAUGAACAAGAAAAUAAAUGA